AUGGGCAGAAGAGCUAAGAAUAAGCAGGCACCUCCCACGCCUCUUCCCGGUACAGUCCCCGACCGGUCAUCAAUAUCAAGGAGACAACAAAGUAAAAAGAAGAAGGCACCUUCAACAGCUAAUGAUCAAAAGACAUUCAAAGCUCAGAAAGGUUCUUUGAAGAAACCCCUUCCCGCACAUAGGAGAAAGAAGGUAGAUGUGGUCGACGAAGAUGAUAGUGAUCUUGACCAAGCUUUACAGCCAGGUGUGUUGUCAGAAGAUGAAGAAGAGACUGUUAAAGUGAAAAGUGUAAAAAAGGGAAAACAAGCCGCUUCAUCCGACGAUGAGGAAGUAGAAGAGCGUUCUAGACCAGUCAAGCAGCUUGAAUUCUCAGACUCAGAGGACGAUGAAGGAGAUGAUCUAAACGCUGACGGAGAAGCUUUACCUCUUGGACAACACGCCUUUGAUCUUGACGAAGCACCUUCGGAUGGAGAGGAGGAGGAUGAUUUGGAAUUGGGUGACGAGUUUGACAUUGGAACAGAUGAUGAGAUGCUCGAUGAUGAUAUGGACGAAGAUGAGGAUGAGGAUGAAGAUGAAGCAGAUUCAGCAUUCGCUUCUGAGAAUGAUGAUGAAGACGCUGAAAUGGCCGAAGAAGACGAGGAUGAAGAGGAAGACGGGAUCCAAACCAACUUGGAAGACGAUUUGGAAGAAACAUAUACCUUACCUGCAGUGGAUAGAGGUGGUGAAGAAGAAGAGAUCGAGCACGGAACUAGCUUGAGAGAAGUUGAACAAAGAAUGAGGUGGUUAGUAGGUGUAUGUUUAAGUAAAGACGACAAGAUGUCAAAAGGAGUUCCAGGAAAGUCGAGAUCAGAUCACUUCUUACAAUUACAACAUGAUAUCGCAACAUAUUUCGGAUACAACACAUUCUUAGUUGGAAAGCUAAUGAGACUUUUCCCUGCCGAUGAGGCAUUGGCAUUCUUUGAAUCGAACGAAUCUCCUCGACCUGUGACUAUCCGAGCGAAUACACUUCGAACCCGAAGAAGGGAUUUAGCUCAAGCAUUGAUCAACCGUGGUGUAACAUUGGAACCAAUCGGCAAAUGGUCAAAAGUUGGAUUACAAGUUUUCGAAUCACCUGUACCGAUCGGAGCUACACCCGAAUAUUUAGCUGGACAUUACAUGUUACAAGCUGCAUCAUCUUUCUUACCUGUAAUUGCAUUAUCACCUCAACCAAAUGAAAGAGUGUUAGAUAUGGCUUCUGCACCAGGAGGGAAAACAACUUAUAUAUCAGCAUUACUCCAAAACACAGGCACAAUCUUUGCGAAUGAUUCGAAUAAACUUCGAACGAAAAGUUUAACUGCGAAUAUACAUCGUAUGGGUUGCAAGAACGUCAUUGUCUGUAAUUAUGAUGCUAGGGAAUUCCCUAAAGUAAUCGGAGGAUUUGAUAGAGUUUUAUUAGAUGCCCCUUGUAGUGGUACAGGUGUCAUAUCGAAGGAUGCUAGUGUCAAGGUCAACAAGACCGAAAGAGAUUUCCAAUUAUUAGCCCACUUACAAAAACAAUUAAUCUUAUGUGCUAUCGAUUCAGUCAACCCAAAUUCAUCAACAGGUGGUUAUGUAGUAUAUUCAACAUGUUCCGUCACGGUCGAUGAAAACGAAUCAGUUGUGGAUUACGCUUUGAGGAAAAGACCGAAUGUAAAAUUAGUAGAAACAGGUUUGGAAUUCGGUGUGGAAGGAUUUAAAUCAUUUGAAGGUAAAAACUUCCACAACAGUGUCUCAUUAACUAGACGAUUCUACCCUCAUAAACACAACAUGGAUGGAUUUUUCGUAGCGAAAUUCAAAGUUGAAAAACGAAAGAAAGCAACUAAGUCUGUCAUCGAACAAGAGCACGAAGAAGAAGAGAAACCUCAAUUGAAACUGAAUGACGAGGGUAUGAUCGUAGAAGAAGAAGUUGCCAAAUUCGAUGCUGACGAAGAUGAAGCUUUAAUUGAGGAGAGCAAGAGGAAAGCACUCAAGAAGAAAGGUAUAAAGAUAACAUCAAAACCAAAACCUUCUGCUACCAAAGAAGAUAAGAAAGAUGAUGGUCAGGUGAAAGUACCAAAGGGGAAGAAAGUAACUGAGAAGAGAAGAUCCAAGACUUAG